AACUCUCAGGAUAAAGAAAAACACAAUUAGGAUCUUCAGAGAAGGAUAAGGAGCUGUCCAAGAAAAGCCUUCAGUGAAGAAGCUGUUAAAAGAUAACCUCAUUUCUAUGCUUUUCUCUGGCUAACUUAACCACUAGAAUAGUCAAAGGAGCAGCCCGUUAAAAAGUAACCACCACUAGGCAUUGGAGGACCUUGCCUGUGCGCUCUCCAAGCAACUGGAGAGCCCUCCGAGCAGAAGCUUCCUGCAGAGAAAGACAACCACCCCCUUAAUAGUAGGCCGGGACCCUUUGUUAUCCAGUUUUGAAGGGCUCGCUUUUCAUUUAUCCAAGUUCUUUGGGUUCGAGUAGUAAAAAAUUUUUCAGUUUCACACCAAAACACACAGCAUGUCAGAUGUGGAGGUGGAUUUACAACAGCCGCCGCAGGUGCAGCCCUCAGUCCAUCAGAUGGUGUCUCUCAGUCAAGGGCGACGGCGACACGGCUUGAGGCGAGGCGGUGGCGGAGGAGGAGGAGGAGACGGACAGACACUGCAAUCCUCUACGCAAGGAACCACAUCAUCAACUUCGGUCUCCAAUCUACCGGCUCGUUUCUGUCCGCUCUCCGAGGGCGUUGAAGACAACUGGACCUGGAGCAAGCGUCACCGAUCCAAGGAGGUGGUGCUCAGUGGACCCAAUGCCCGCACCGUGCACUUUCAUCCCAACUGGAGCAAGGGCACUGCCGGUGUCCAGGGCAAGCGAUCGUUAAACAACGGACGCUACUACUGGGAACUGCACGUAUCGCAGCGCGUCUUCGGCACCUCGAUCAUGUUCGGCAUCGGCACCAAGUCCGCCCGCCUUCAUGCCAAUGCCUUUCGAAAUCUGCUGGGCGAGAACGAGCAUGGCUGGGGGCUGUCCCACAAGGGCGUGCUGUGGCACAAGGGCGUAGCACUGCUGUACACGAAGCGCUUCCGCGAGAAUCAUCCCACCCAGAUCGGCAUACUCUUCGACGGCAUUGAGGGCACAUUGACUUACUACAAGGACGGCAAGUGCCUGGGCGUGGCUUUCAGGGGAUUGGAUCAGAUUGACGAACCCCUGUACCCCAUUGUGUGCUCCACGGCCGCCAAGACGGAAAUGACACUGAAGUGUACGAUGCGGGAGUUUGUAAACCUUCAGGAUCGCUGUCGGGCGGUGAUCAUGAAGCGAGUGCGCAACUCGGCACAGCUGGAGAAGCUGAAGCUGCCGACGCCCAUCAGCGAUUAUCUUGGCGAGGUGAUCGACGAGAUGAAGCCGUUGCGCCAGGUGAAUCCACUGGAGAUGUGCAUACUCAAUUAUGAUUUGUAAGCAGCCCGUGAAUCUGUUUUUGUGCCAUCGAACGGAGAGCUGCCAUCAAAAAGACGAUGAUGCAAUGCCUCUGGGACAUGUAAAUUUUUCGUAGUAAUUGUAAAAUGUGCUUUGUAAAGAAUAUAUAUAUUAGAUGGUAGUAUUGUUAAGCA